GUUUUUUUUUAUUAUCAUCUGACUUUCGUAUAAAUGAUUCGCUCAAUCAAAUUCCAAUCAGUAUCGAAUCAAGGAGCAAUGGAGUACGAUCCGAUAAGUAAGGUUUUCACAAAAGACGACGUGAAACUCGUCUUCAACAGAAACGGCUUAGGAUGCGCUUUCUUCGAGGCCCUUAAACUCCAUCAAUCCAAACUAGCUCAGAUCGAUAUAGACACGGGAGAGCGAGAAAUGUAUUCAGAAAUUCUUGAGAAAUCGAUAAAAACAGCGCAAAAAUUGAUGGAAGUCGGUUUGAAACCGAACGAUAUCGUAAGCUUCUGCUCGGAAAACAAUCUCGACGUCAUAGUUCCGUACAUUGCGACGCUAUUCGUUGGCGGUAUAAUCGGAUGUCUUGAUCCGAGUUUAUCUCAAGAGGAUUGCGAACAUCUUUUAAAUGACGUCCGACCGAAAUUCGUGUUCAUCAGCGAAUCGUCGGAACAGAAAAUCACCGCUGCUCUCGAGAAUACUGGAAAUGGAGCGAGAAUCGUCGUCUUCGGAAGGAGCGUCGGUAAUUUACAGUCGUUCGAGUCGUUCUGGAAGUCCGCAUCGGACGUGCAAGGGUUCGAACCUUGCGCGAAGAAUGAAAAGGAUACGGCCAUCAUAUUCUUCAGUUCCGGAACGACGGGUCUGCCGAAAGGUAUUUGCGCAAAUCAUUCGGCCUUGAUACACCAAUCGAACACAUAUCUCGGAUUCGCAAACACCAAAGUCACGCUGAGUUUCGCCACAGUUUACUGGAUAUCAUCUGCUUUGCUAAUUAUCAAAUGUAUAUUGAAAGGUGAAUGCAGAGCUAUAUGCAAAGAAUUCAACGCUAUCGCAGUCUGGAAAUCUAUUGAGAAACAUAGAAUAACUUGCAUGCUGCCGUCUCCGAUUCUUGGUAUAAAGUUGAUUGAAACGAAGGUCGACUGCGACGUGUCCAGCUUGGAGAACAUUCCCUUCGGUGGAUCGACGAUGAGCAUGGAAAAUCUGCUCAAGUUAAAGGAAACAUUCCCAAAAGCAACUGUAACUUUUAUGUACGGACAGUCUGAAGUUGGUAUAAUGUGUUAUUUCGAUCCGCGGAUCCGGGAACACGUGGAACUUAGCAAGAAGUAUCCGAAUUCCGUCGGCUCUCCGGCUUGCGGAUACUCGGUGAAAGUGGUGGAUCCAGACACGGGCCACGUGCUUGGACCGAAUCAGAUUGGGGAGAUGCGCGUGCAGACUGUGCACAGGAUGAACGGUUACCACAACAGAGAUUGCUCCGAUGUUUACGACGAAGACGGGUACAUAAAAACUGGAGACAUGUGCUACUACAACGAAGAUUUAUGUUUCUUCGUGGUGGACAGAGUCAAGGAGAUGUUCAAGUACCAAGGAUGGCACAUCACUCCGACGAAGCUCGAGUCUAUUAUGUUGCAGCAUCCGAAAGUGAGAAGCGCCGUCGUAAUUGGAAUUCCUCAUCCGAGGGAUGAGAAUCACGCAAUGGCUGUUUGCAUCUUGAAGGACGGCGAAAUGGUCUCUGCGGAAGAACUGAAGGAAUUCGUUAACUCCAAAGUGGAGGACAGAUGGAUGUUGCGAGGCGGCGUCAAGCUGGUGAAAGAAUUGCCGUACACUCCGACCGGGAAGAUCAGGAGGAUCGAACUGAAACGCACUAUUCUGGACGAAAUGAACGCAAUUUGAGAUUACGCAACUAAUUGUUUAGUUUUUUUUAUCUAAAACUAUUAUAUCGUGUCCUCGAUGACUUGAAAAUUUUGUA